UGUAUGCAAGGAACGCGUGUGGCGACAAUAAACAUCAUGGUGUCGUGGAUUGCCCAGUGUGAUGGCAGGACAAUGUGGUGCAAAGGAUUGGCGGGGAUGGGGAAGAGUUCCCUGAUGGGAACUCUCCAUGAGUUACUCACAACGAAUUUCGGAGGACGCAGUCGGCUUGCAGCAUUCGUUCGCUACGACCGUAUCGAGUAUUCAAAAGCUAGCAAGUUAAUCACCAGUAUCGCAUAUGCCUUGGGAAUGUUCGACGACCGUAUUGGGAUGGCCAUCUCCCUAGUUGUCCAGACAUUGCCAUCGGUCGCGACCUUGCCACCGUCUGCUCAGUUUCAGCUUCUACUCCGUAAUCCGCUUGAAUCCGUUCCUGAUCUUGGUGAUGGAGGACCUCUGGUUGUCAUCAUUGAUGGAUUGGAUGAGUGCGACGCAUCUGAUGAUAUGCUGGCUGUCCUUGCCGAGGGAUUUGGUCCGACACUUUCGUUUAUGCGCCUCAUUCUUUCCAGCCGACCGCUUCAUCGCAUAGCUACGGCGUUCGAGGGACGAGACUGCAUAUCCACGCUCCAUCUAGAUACAUCCUCGGAGGAUGUCAACCAUGAUAUCCAGUUCUAUUUGGAGCGAGAGUUUGCAACCAUACGCGAUGAUGCAUUCCUGGAGAAGUGUAAUGAGCUAGAUGCUGUCAAUAAACUGAUGGCACAGGCGAGUGGUUUAUUCAUUUGGGCAGCGACUGUUGCAAAAUUUAUUCAUGCAUUUCCGGGAAUAUCAAGGUUGCAGGCUCUCCUAGACACAAAAAUCCCUAGAGACGCCACCGAGGCUCUAAUAACCUUAUACCGCACGGCUCUGGAUACUCUCGCGUCUGAAAUCCUGGGUGCCAAUGCGGACAUUAAAAAGUGUGUGCGAAGCGUUCUAGGUGCUGUGUUGGUGACUCAGACACCUCCAGGGAUGACAGAAGACAUCCUUGAUAACAUUGUCCUACUAGGCGAAGGCAGCCCUCCUUCGCGUCACAUCGUGGCUAUGCUAGGAAGUGUACUUAGCCCUGAAACUGAGGACUUGCCCAUCCGACUCAUACACAAAUCCUUCGACGAUUUCUUGCAGGAUCGGAGUCGAUGUGGGGAUGAAUGACAUGGUCUCCCAAAAGUGAUAUGGACAUCGCAGCCGUACCAGCGUAUAUAUCCAAAUAUGCAUUGUUUGGAAUGUUCUGGUAUUCCGCUUUUGACAAGAGUGACAUAGAACUAUUCACUUCCUUUUUCCGCCACUACUUUCUUCCAUGGUUGGAGGUUGUUGUCACGGAUGGCGGCGUUCUCCAUUUUGAAAUUAUGGACACGAUCUGUCGACAAUAUGGACAAACACGCAUACCAUUCGAAGUCGAUAUCCGUGAUUCGGACACUAUCCACUGUGUUCUUCGAAGUUCCGCUGAGUUUUACUGUCACCUUCACCAUUCUAGCAAAAGGAGCCUCCUCGCCGGAAAGGUCACACUUGAGUGUAUGAAACUCAAAAUGACAUG